UUGCUGUUGCUCUAGCUGCUGUGAUCGAUCGGUUGAAGUUCAAUUUGCCUCUGUGUGUGCUCCAAAUUCUCGUCCCCAAACAAAAUUAAUUUUUGCAUAUUACUGCAGCUGAGCUGGACGUUGAGCAUUUUUCCAAAAAGCAUUCGUUGAGAGAUUUGCAUUGAGUAAGCGCAGAAAUGGCUGACGAAGCACAGGCACCAGCAGCUGAGGGCGCCCCACCCGCUGAGGGUGAGGCAGCACCACCACCAGCCGAUGGCGAGGCACCACCAGCAGAGGGCGAGGCAGCACCACCCGCCGAGCCCGCCGAGCCGAUCAAGCACAGCUACACGCUCUUCUAUUUCAAUGUGAAAGCGCUCGCCGAACCCUUGCGCUAUCUCUUCGCCUAUGGCGGCAUUGAGUACGAGGAUGUGCGCGUCACUCGCGACGAGUGGCCAGCGCUAAAGCCAACCAUGCCAAUGGGUCAGAUGCCGGUGCUGGAGGUGGAUGGCAAACGUGUGCAUCAGAGCAUUUCGAUGGCUCGCUUCCUGGCCAAGACGGUGGGCCUGUGCGGAGCCACGCCGUGGGAGGAUCUGCAAGUUGAUAUUGUUGUUGAUACCAUCAAUGACUUCCGUCUAAGUAGCGAACAAUUCGUCUCGUAUGAGCCCGAGGAUGAGAUCAAGGAGAAGAAGCUGGUCACCCUAAAUGCCGAGGUCAUUCCAUUCUAUCUGGAGAAACUGGAGCAGACCGUCAAGGAUAACGACGGCCACUUGGCAUUGAACAAGCUAACCUGGGCUGAUGUUUACUUCGCGGGCAUCACCGACUACAUGAACUACAUGGUUAAGCGUGAUCUGCUGGAGCCGUAUCCGGCUCUGCGUGGCGUCGUCGAUGCCAUUAAUGCCUUGGAGCCCAUCAAGGCCUGGAUCGAGAAGCGUCCAGUCACCGAGGUCUAAGGACAUAACCCAUAGGCUAUUCUCAUCCACACCCACAAGUGCGAAAGGAGCAACAACAACAGCAACAGCAAUUGCAUUCAACAACAACAACAAACAACAUCACGCAAACAA